UGGGAGGGAUUUUCCAUGUAAGCAACUGGCAACCCUGUUAUACGCUUGUUCAGCAUCCUCCUCUGAUCAGAAAACCAUCUGAUCCAUUUGAAUCUCUUGAUUUGUGCACCUGAGAGCCGCAGCCCUGCAUCCCAAACAGGAAGACGUUUAUUUCACCAUGAACUCUGAUGUGGAUGGUGAUCUGGAAAACCAGGUGGAGUUAGAGGAGAAAACAAGGCUCAUAAACCAGGUGCUGGAGCUACAGAACACUCUCGAGGAUCUGUCGUCUCGAGUGGACGCCGUGAAGGAGGAAAACCUCAAGCUCAAAUCUGAGAACCAAGUUCUGGGUCAGUACAUCGAGAACCUCAUGUCUGCCUCCAGCGUCUUUCAGACCACUGACUCCAAAAGCAAACGGAAAUAAGGGAGGAUUCCUGAUUCCCCCUGCAGGCAUAUAGAGUCCAUUAACUGUACACCAUGACAACCCGGUUUACUUUAUUCACUUGUUAAAUUUAACCACAUAUAAACUACUGUUACAUGUUAUAUUUACGACGCUGCUUUUUAUCGACUUUUAAUGUCACAUGACUAAAAAUAUCCUAAUAAUGCAUUCUGUGACAAUAAGAGAUUAUUAAUGAUGUUGGAUAUUCUUUAUUUUCAUUUGUUUUCUAUUGUAAUUUUUGCCUUAUGUUAGGGCAGAGUAUUAAAACGUUCAUUGCUAAAUAGUUCCAUUUAUUUAUUGAUGCCAUUAAUUUGUUUUAUUUUGUUAGUAUUUCAUGUUGUUGUUUUUUUAAAUAGCUUUUUUAGUUUUUUAUUUCUUUCUCCUCAACACAGCAGUGAUGAAAGUGUCUGUGAAACUGCCGUGUGCCAAAACGUGUUUUUAGGUAACCUGAUAAAUUAGGUGAGUUAUUCAGGUGAUUCUGUUCAGGGAAAAUAACCUUUCUGAUCCCCUGGUGCUUUUCACUAAGGAGUUUUAACAGGCCUCCAUUACAGCUGUGUACACACAACAUGUGUUUAACGAUUGCGUAAUGACAUUUAACCAGUGUUUGGACUUGUUAGUGCCUGUUUUAAUAAAUAUGUUUUCAUUUGA